GGACACAAAAGAAAGGACUGCUGAACUUUGCCAAAACAAGGUGCUAAGGGACCACUUCUGAAGCUGGAGAACCCCUGGGAGGGUUCAGCAGCCAGAUGCCCAUGUUGAGCAUCCACUCCCUGAAACCCGAGGCCCUGGGCCUGCCACCUGGGACCUCAGAGUUCCUAGGCUGCCAGCGGCGCCACACACUCCCUGCCAGCGAGUUCCGCUGCCUCACUCCCGAGGAUGCCAUCAGUGUGUUUGAGAUCGAGCGUGAAGCCUUUAUCUCUGUCUCGGGUACCUGUCCCCUCUACCUGGAUGAGAUCCGACACUUCCUAACCCUGUGUCCAGAGCUGUCAUUGGGCUGGUUCGAGGAGGGUCGCCUCGUGGCCUUCAUCAUCGGCUCACUUUGGGACAAGGAGAGACUUACUCAGGAAUCGCUGACGCUGCACAGGCCUGGAGGCCGCACGGCUCACCUGCACGUGCUGGCAGUGCACCACACCUUCAGACAGCAGGGCAAGGGCUCGGUCCUGCUCUGGCGAUACCUGCACCACCUGGGGAGCCGGCCGGCCGUGCGGCGGGCCGUGCUCAUGUGCGAAGAUGCACUGGUGCCCUUCUAUGAGAAAUUUGGCUUCCAGGCUGUGGGCCCAUGCGCCGUCACCGUGGGCUCCCUCGCCUUCACAGAGCUCCAGUGUUCCCUACGGUGCCACGCCUUUCUGCGCAGGAACAGCGGCUGUUGACCCAAGCCGCCCACUUGGCCGGGAAGAGGGUGGGAGCAGCAGGCCGGGGGCUCCGAACGCCCACGCCACACCCUCUCUGCCUAGGGUCCACCCAAGUAGAGCUGGCUAGCAUGAAGGAGCCGGCAGCUGCCAACUGGAGUAGAGAGGUAAGGGUCCAAAAGGGCACACGAGGUGGAGGCGGCUUCACCCCAGCAUAGGCUGCCGUCUGUCCCCAGGACUUCUUGGAUUCUAAACUGUGUACAAAGCAAGAUCAGGAUGGGGAGCCGGAGCAGCGGGAGGUCUGUCCCCACACUUCCUCCUCUACCUGCCCUCUCCGCGUCCAAGACUGACACCCCUUCCUGGCUAACUGGGAAUGAGGGGCACCCAGCAGCUGAAUUUGAGAAGGGCCUGGGACCAGGACCUGGGACUAGUGGCCACCUUGGGGUUGGGAAGUGCUGCAGGGCCACACCCCUGCACUUGGGCCCCAGUAUGCCCGCUCACAUUCUGCUUCGAUCCUGGUUCCCCCUCCAGCCCCACUAAUAAAGCAGUUAUGUCCCCGGUGGCUGUGGCCCAUGGGUGUGUGCAGGGUCUCCUGAGGGAGCUGAUUGGAGGAGCAAACACCACCUGACCUCCCACCAAGUCGCCUCUGCCAAAACAGGCCGUUCCUGCAGAUGGUCAGCUCGCUUUCUGCCCCGGAGCAAAGGCAGAGCAGUUGGGGUUGAGAUCUCGGGGUGCUCCAUGCAACCCAGUCCUGUCCCGGUCCUCGGCGUCUUCCUGGCCACCUCAGUCUGGUUUUUGGCUCAACUAAAUGCCAGAGAAAUCCCAAGUUUCCCAGUCUGCCUCAGCCUCAUGGCUGCUGCCCUCACACCCAAGUCUUUAUUUUUUAAUUAAAAAAAUUAUUUUUU